GAAUUGGGUCACAAGUUCUGAACUCGUUUAGUACAUGUUACUGCUUGAAGAUAUCCUGUUUAGGCGCAACAGACUUUUUCAAAAGAUCAGGUUGCACGUUGGCUAAAGACAACAUCAUAAUGUAGUGACAUAAAAUUAAAAACAAUUCCGUAAAAUAGUUAGUUGUUAAAUAUUUUCAUCAAGAAAAAUUACUGUGUAGAAUUUGUUUAAUGCCAGAAUUUUCGUACAUGAAAGCAAUAGGACGGUGGUGUCUUUGGUGUUGUAAAGAAUCAUGCUUAACAGAUGACGAAGCUUGUGAUAUGUGCAGCGAGAAUGGUCGAACCUGCACGUCAUCCAAUCACACAAGCGACUCAAACUCCUUUGGUAGAAAACUCAAAGAUAAUCCGAAGCAGCAAAAGUCUAAUGAAACACUCAGUGAUACAGUUGUAUUCCGAAAGUACUUUUGCUUCAAAAACCACACCGUGAGCUCGAGAUUGAUUUUGACUCAUAAACAAAGGGUAUCCUAUAACAACUCCGGUAGGGUUAACGAAGGCGCCAUAUUAAAUGAUGACACACGCACUGACCUUUGGGAGGUGAAAUCACAAGCAAAGGAAGUACAGCUAUUACGGUCUGAGCUUAAUAAAGCUAAAAAGACAAUAGCUGCUAUGCAAAAUAGGGAAACGUUAAUGAAAGACAGGUUAGCUCAACAGGCCCAAAAAAUGUUAGACCGUGGUGUAAAGUUUGAAAAUGUCUCCCUUGGUGAUAGGAGACCAACGGCUUUAAUCCGUCGCUAUGGUAACUUAUACGCACAAGCUCGUGUCGAUACACUGGAUACGCUGGAAAGUUUUUCGGAACUUCAAAGCUCUGAUGAACUGAAGUCCAAGUUAUUGUUUUCUGUUGUGGUGCUUGCUUUCAGCUCCGUACAGAAUACUGUGUCAGAUAUUAAAAGUAAACUUCGCCAUAUUCUUCAAAUUCCACGAGUUUCAGUUCUUGAUGUAAACUCAGAAGUAGCUUCUAAGGAAUUAGAUGCUUCUAUAGACUCGUAUCUUCGCUGCACGGUUGAUAUGUUUGACAUAAAUAUAAAUGUUGAGGACGUUUGUUCCCAGAUCUGGGCCACUUUAUACGACUAUCCGUCGCUCAAGACCUGUGAAGGACUACUUCUGUACAUUAGGGAUUGCGUCAGACUGGCAUGGGGUCUAACCAAUCAGUCUCCACCUUACGUAAUAAGUUUCGAAACUCGUACUUUUAACAGGAAUAUUCAUGUGCGAUUUCAUUCGUCCAAUCAAGACUCGCAAGAGAUCAAGACAUAUCUAUGGCCAACCCUCUUAGAAGGUCAGAAUGGCCCUUGCGUCUACAAGGGGGUUGUCAUCACAUAAUAAAUCUAGUACUUAAAAAGAAUAUUAGCUCCGAUCUCGUUAACAUAAGAUAUUUUCUAAUAACCUAUAAGUGACAAAUCAGCGACUGAACUUCAUAUUUCUUUCUUGUUUUUUUCCACAGAGAUACUCAAACAGAACAAUGAGUAAUACAAAUUGAGCACAUGUAGCCACAGUUUAAAAUUCACGUUGCUAAGUAGAAAAUAUUAUAUUAUCUAGUAGAAUGAAAAGUAGAUAAGGUGUUUAGAGAAUGAAAUCUUAUUUCUAUGUUGAGUUAAGGACUGCCAGAGAAUUUUCCAGAGGAUAUUAUAUAACAAUAGUCAAUAUAUUAUCAAGAAAUGAAACAAAUUGCUAUAAACCAACUCUUCCCUGUUAAAAACUAUUUAGAAGUUAACAGUUGUUUUGGUCUUUGGAAUAUUAAAUGUAGGAGGAAAAAAGAAAAAAAAAUUAUAUUUAUUAAUUAACUUAAUUAUGACACUCAAAUCAUUUCGUGUUAAAAAGAAGUCUUAGGGAAAGUGCCACCUAAAUAUGAAAUAUUUUUUAGCAUUUCAAUCUUUAAUUUAUGUAAAAAAUGAUGCCUUAACAAGAUAUUAGAAUAUAGUUAUACUUGUAAUAUAUAUCGUAGAGGUCAUAACUUUAACAUGUUUAUGGGUUAAAAACAUUUCAUUUGAACUACAUAUUUUCCAAAAAUAAUCAAUAAAUGUACAUGAAACACGGGCAGUUUAUCCUAUUGGCUACAUACGUAUAUAUAUAUAUAUAUAUCAAUAAAUAAUUUAUUAAUCUACAACUAUUAUGAUACAAUCUCUAGAUGUCGCUUGAAUACCUGAGUACUAACAAGCAUGAGAGUAGUUUAUACAGAUAAAUGUUUGUCACUUAUUAAUCGCACAGCUUCACAAUGGUCUAUUUAUUUUGUGGCCGCCAGGCGGAUUGAACGCAAAUUUUUGUGUUACAAAGAGCUUGCUUACCACUGAUUGCCUAAAGUAGAGAAUAUAUCGAGAAACACUAUAAUUUAGUUUUACUUUGUCAACUGGAUAACUAAUGUUUUAUCGUAGUUCUUGGUUUUGUGUUUGGAACUUAUUUUUAUCUUCACUACUCUCUCCCAUUUUUAUUAAUUAGUUCCAAUAUAAAACAUUCAUUAAGUUGCUGUAUUUUAUAUGUCUGAAAUUUAUGACAAAAGCCAUAUUUAAAUAGUCGUCUAUAUGACAAGAUGAAUAAAUAAACACAUUUAUGACGAUAACAAUUUUGUUAAAUUCGAUCAAGCAUACACAAAUAAAGAUGUCGAAGUGAGA